UCAAGCUUCUCACGACUUCUUAAGCGUCUUACAGCUGCAACUUGUUGUUUAAUCCACAGCGCGAUCUCCCGCUGGGCACCCAUGGCCCCAAUGGCUUGCAAGGCGGGGUGGGUCGCGCCCGCCUACGUGCCCCUGCCAUCGCCGCCCAAGCUCCGCCUCUUCUGCCUGCCGUGGGCGGGCGGCAGCAGCUCCAUCUACUCCGAGUGGCCCGCCCUGCUCGAGCACGCCGAGGUCGAGGUGGUCCCCAUCGAGCUGCCCGGGCGCAGCGCCCGCGUCGACGAGGAGCCCUACGCCGACCUCACCGCGCUGGCCGCGGACCUCGCGGCGUGGCUCGUGCAGGAGCCCCGCCUCCUCGACGCCCCCUUCGCCGUCUUCGGGCACUCCUUCGGCGGCCUCUGCGCCUACGAGCUCUGCGCCGCGCUGGCCGCGAGCGGCCGCACGCCGGCGCUGCUCCUGGUCUCGGCGGCGCCGGCGCCGCAGUUCGCGGGCCUCGGCACUUGGCCCGUCGCCUCCGUGUCCGGGCUGUCGGACGAGGGGCUGGCGGCCUACCUCGCGGGCAAGGGCAACGCUCUGCCGGCCGAGUUGCGCGAGGACCCCGAGCUGGCCGCCCCGUUCCUGAGGGCCAUCCGCGCCGACUACGCGGCCCUGGAGGCGUACCGGGAGGGGGAGGCGCGGGCCCUGCCGUGCCCCGUCCAGGUCUUCGGCGGGCACGGGGACAUCGAGGCGGAGCGCCUCGAGGCGUGGCGACAGCGCUCGGCGCGCGGCGGCGGGGACGUGCGCAUGCACGACGGCGGGCACUUCUACAUCCAGAGCCCGGCGCAGCGGGGCUGCGUGGUGGGCCACAUCGCCGAGGCGUGGGACCGCAUAGGCGAGCCCGAGGAGGACACGCUGCGCACCCUGCAGGAGCUGGCGCGCAGCGCGCUCAGGCUCCCGGCCUCCGCGCAGGUGGAAAACCUGGCGGAGGCGGGGGCCGAUUCGCUGGAGUGCGUCGGCCUCGCCGCGGAGAUCCGUGUCAGGUUCGGGGUGGGCCUGGCGCCCGACGAGGUCAUCCGCCGCCCGCUCGCGCGGCACCUCGCCCGCUACAUCGACAUCUGCCUCCUGACCGCUGGUGCACGUGGGCCGCCGGAGCUGGUGGCGGGGUCGGCAGGAGACGCGGAGUGGCAUCCGGUGUCGUACCAGCAGGAACAGAUGAUCGUGAUGUACGAGGUCUCCAAGUCGGCCUACAACAUGCCGACCACGCUUCAUUGGCGCGGCCCACUGGACGUCCAGGUGCUCAGGAAGGCGCUCCAUACCCUCGUCGCUGGACAUGGCACUUUGCGCACGAUCGUGCGGAUGGGCGGGGGCGGCGAGAUGCAGCAGCGCGUUUUGGACGCAAGCGAGGCUGAUCAGUGCUUCGAGCUCUGCGAGCUGCAUGCUGCCACCGCGGAGCACGCCACCAAGGUGAUCGAGGCGGAGUCUACACGCGUGUUCGAUUUGGAGAAGGGCCCCAUGUUCCGGGCCACGGUUAUUGACUCGCUGGAGUCAGUCUGAACGCUUCGUGCUGCUCAACCAGCACCAUUUGGGCGCCGAUGGGUGGACGCGCAUGGAGACUCACUCGCCGGGAGCUCUGCAGCGCUUACGUGGCGUUGGUGGCUGGAGGAGCCCCCGCUCCCCCCCCAAGCCUGACGUACCUGGAUUUCACCUACUGGCAGCGCGGGUGGCUGGAGCAGAGCGGCGAGCGCGAGAGACAGCUGCGCUACUGGCGCCGGCAGCUCGCCGGCCAGCAGGUCUUGGACCUGCCGCUGGACGGACCCAGGCCGCCUGUGCUGGGUGAGAAGGGCUAUCGUCGCUCGGUCGUGCUCAGUCGCCAGCAGGUCGACGCCGCGCGGGCUGUCUUCGCCGCCGCCAACUGCUCGUUGUUUCAAGGGUUCUUGACCCUCUACAUGGCUGCGCUGUCGCGCUGGAGCUGCUGCGAGGACAUCACGGUCGGCGUGGCGAUGGCGGGGCGCCAGCACGCGCCCGAGCUCUCGCGGCUGGUGGGCUACUUCGCCAACGAGGUGGCGAUCCGCGGCGACUUCUCGGAGGCCCCGUCGCUCUCCGCCAUGCUGGCGCGCGUGAGGGCGACCGUGAUGGAGGGCAUGGCCAACUCGGCGGUGCCCUUCCACGACGUGGUGAGCGGACUGGGCGUGCAGCGCGACGCCUCCCGCACUCCGGUGUUUCAGGCCAUGUUCGCAUAUCAGGAGCGCUUCUGGCACACCGUCGACGACGUCGACUUCUCGGCCGCCGGCGCCGCGGUGGAGGUGAAGCGUUUUGAGCACAACACGUGCAAGUUCGAGGUGCACCUCCAGCUCCGUUCCGACGGCGCCGGCGGCGUCGAGGGCGACUUCUACUACCACAAGGACCUCUUCGAGGAGGCUACUGGCGAGCGCAUGGUGCAGCACCUGCACGCCCUCAUCGAGCGCGCGGUGGCGGAACCGCAGCUCCCCCUGAGCAGCCUGGACGUGCUGGGCGAGGCGGAGCGGUCGCUGCUCGUGCGCCAGUGGAACGACACCAGCUCGCCCGACUUCCCCGCGCCGCUCCGCGUCGAGGAGCACGUCUGGCGCGUGGCCGAGGACCCGAGCCUGCAGCACAACGCGGCGCUGAUCUCCAGCGACGGCGUCCUGACGU